GGGAGGGCAGCGUAAGCGGGCCGGCGGAGGCUGGGGUGAGGCCGGGGUCCCGGUCAGGGUGCGAGGCUGCUGCUACUGCCAGCGGGAGCGGUGGCGGCGGUGGGGGAGGUAGGGGCAGCAGCGGCCGCAGGAGUGGCAGCGGGCAAGCCGGCUUGGCCCCAGGGCCGGGACCUCCGCCCAUGGCGGCGACUCCAGCGGCCGCAGCACAGCCGGGCUUGGUCGGCAGCGGCGGCCCGGUAGCCAGCGGUGGGGGGAGCAGCGGCAGGCGUGUGGACGUGCUGUCGCUGGGCGGCACAGGGGCGGCGGGGACGGGGCCCUCCAGGGGUGCGGAGCAGGGUGCCGGCGGCAGUAGCAGGCGGGACCUAAGAGAGGGCUCAGGGUCCGCAGGUGCCCGCCUGGUGGGCCCAGCCGCACCGCCCCGGCCCGGCCGCCCAGGGCUGCUGCGGCCGCUACAGCUGCAUGCGACUGAGGGAGCAGCGGCUGCCGCUGCUGCUGCUGCUGCCCCCCGUUCCCCGCUAACGGACCUGCGCAACAGCCAUGCGGAUCUGGAGCUGUCGUACGAUGAGGGGGAUGGCGAGGAGGAGGAGGAGGGGCGGCUGGCAGGGGUCGCGGAGGAGGAGCAUGACGUAGCGGGGGAGGGCAUCAAUAUUCUGGGCAGCAGUGGCGGCGGCGGCGGUUGGGCGUACCCGGGCAGUCCCUCCUGCGAUGGCGGCAGUGGCGGUGCCCCCCUGGGUGGUGCGCUGUCUCGCGCCCUGGAGGAGCUGGGGGAGCUGCCGCCCGCCGCUGCGGCAGCCAUGUACCGCUCGCUGGACCUGGUGGCGGGAGGGGUGCAGGAGCUGCGGGAGGGCCGACCGCUGUCCCGCGGCGGCACUGCCGCUGGCCGACCGCCCUCCUCCCUGCCGCGCCCCACCUCCUCUGCCGCACCCGCCACCGCAUCGUCCUCGCACCGCCGGCCAGGCAGCAGCAGCUGGGGCCGCCCGGGUACCGCCUCCUCAGCUACUGCCGGCGGGUCGCAACGGCCUCCUACCGGGGGCGGGAGAGGGGCCGGGGUAGGGGAGCUGUCGGGUGCUAUGGCCCUACUCGCGUCAGCAUCAGGGAUAGGAAGAGGCGGGAGUGGCGGCGGGCCGGGCCGGGGCGCUCCAGGGAGCGACGCUGCAGCAGCGGGGGCCGGUGCUGCUGGUGCUGGCGGGGGGCCGGGCGGGGCGCUGGGGUCACUGGCGCCCAUCACCUUUCCGCUGGCCUCGGGAGUGCGAGGCAUGCUGCGAGGGGGCGGCAGCAGGCCAGGCAGCGCCGGCGCGGGGCAGGGGGCAGAGGCAACAGCAGCCGGCAUCUCAGGGCGACGGAGCAGGGACGGAGCCGGCGGCGAGGGAGGCGUGGCGGCAGCUGCGAGCGGGUCCGGGGUGGGGUUACGAGGCGGGGGCGCAGAGCGUGUGGUUGCGGAUGGGGCGGAGUUGGCUAUGGAUGGGGUAGGGGGUGCAAGUGCGGCUGCCGCUGGCGGGACCGGCGAGGCCGGUGGCGCGCUGGAGGCGGCGGAGGAGCAGCUGGCGGUGGUGCGGCGGCUGCUGGCGGGCCGGAACCCCGCACUGCUGGCAGCGCUGGAUGCGGAGGUGUUCGUGGGGGAGGAGGAGGAGGAGGAGGAGGAGGAGGAGGGGGGUGGGCAGGAGCAGGCGGCAAGGGGCAGCGGAUGAGCAGCAUGCGUGGGGAAGCAGGCUUGGAUGGGAGACGGGUGGGUUUGCAUGUGUGUGGCUUGCCUGGAUGGCUCGCUGUUGCGACCGGGGGAAGCGGCAGGUCCGUAUGCAUGGUGCUGCGGCGCCUUCUGGGUGCGUCAGGCCUGUGGAUAAAUGUUGGAGUGGAGUGAUAGAGGACCUGACUUGGUCAACAGUCACAGCAAAGCCACGCAUGCCAACUCUUCUGGCUUGUGUGAACGCGUUGCAUUUGCCGUCUGACAUUUGGCAUAUGAAGUGCAUGCAUACUUCGCAUCCCGGCUUCGCGUGCAAGGUCAUUAGCAGCAGCGUGGAUUUGUUUUACCGUGUCCAUGCACUACAAGAUAGGUCGAAUCCACCAGCCGGUUGUACAGUGGUGUUGCUGAUACCGGGGAUGUUAGGGAGGUGCAAGCGAGGGGGUGUGGCGGUUCAGCCGCAUGCAUGGGUUCAGGAGGGAGGUGCCGGAGGGUAGGGCGAGCGGACUUGGGGUGGAGACUGGAGGGGGGGGGGGUCUCGCGGGUAUGUGCCUGGAGGAGAGGUUACCUACUGGGGUUAAAGUGCAAGAGACCCGGGUCGGGUGCAAGCGGGCAUGGUGCCUGCUCGAACUCUUGCAUGCCCUGCUUCAUACCUGGAUCUCGCUUGUGCUGUUGCGAGAGAAGGCGAGAACGCGACCGGAAGCCAAGGCAAGGCUUAACAUGUAACUGUUGCUGGUUUG